AUUUGAGGCCAUGGGGAACUCGGUGAGCCGGCCCAGCUGCCUGGGCGAGAAGAGCCGGCGGCCGGAGCAGCUCCUGCGGGAGCCGGGGCUGGACGCGGGGCUGGACGCGGGGCUGGACGCGGGGCAGCCGGCGGCCGAGAGCGGCGCGGACGCGGCUCUGCAGCUGCUGGAGAAGGCGCCGGUGCCGCUGGAGAAUGGCUGGAGCCCGGGGCCCGGCGCCGCGGGCAGCCCGGCGCUGAGGCGCAGCCGCUCCGAGGUGGCCGUGCAGAACGGGGGCGCGGCCGGAGCUCCGGGCAGGGCGCAGGUGGGGGGCGCGGCCUGGACCCCCCCCCGAGGCAGCGUGGCCCGCAGCGCCUGGUCCUGGAAGCCCGUCACCACGCGGGAGGUGACGGAGGUGACGGAGGUGACCGAGACCAUCGUCACCGAGAUCGUGGAGGUGACCGAGUACCCGGCGGGCGACAAGGGCGGCGAGCCCGUGGUCACCCGGACGGUCACGGUGCUGACGGAGCGCGUGGGGGAGCUGGCCGGACACACGGACGGCGCUGAGGACGCCGUGCCGGGCUCUGUGCCGCGGGGCCGCGUGGUUUUCUCCACAGCGAGUCUUGACCUUCGUGUGCCUCGGUCGGGGCUCGCGUGGAGUCGCCGUUUGUGGCCUGGUGUGGGCCGGGCUGGUGGCGCCCCCGUGCUGGGCACCCAGCCGGGUUCCCUGGCACCCAGCCGGGUUCCCUGGCACCAGCCCCCUCCCCUCGGCUCUGGCUGCCGGGUCUGGGGGUACCCAAACGGCCCGGGGCUGUGGGGAGCCCUGGGAAGGAGCCCAGGGGCUGGACAGGGUCCCUCUGUCACCAGCGUCACCUCGGGGAGAGGGCGAGGUGUGGGGGCUGCUGCCCGGCCCCACGCUGCCCCCGUGGCUCACCCCCUCUCCCCGCAGGUGUCCCCACGGGCUGUCCCCGCCCCGGAGGAGGCGGCAGAGCGCGGCCAGGAGACCCUGGAGCGGCUGCUGGCCUGGGUGGCCGACAUGGAGGAGCUGGUGGGCAACCAGAAGCCGCCGUCGGCCGAGGCCAAGGUGGUGAAGGCGCAGCUGGAGGAGCAGAAGCUCCUGAAGCGGCUGCUGGAGGAACGGAGGCCGCGCGUGGAGCUCGUGCUGCAGGACAGACAGACGGCGCAGGACAGACAGACAGCGCAGGACAGACAGACCCCGCAGGACAGACAGACCCCGCAGGGCUCCGCGCCCGAGGGCGGCGCCGGCCUCCUCAGCCUCGGCGAGAGGUGGGGCAAGCUGAUGCAGGAGGCUGAGGCCAGGUACGGCUGCCUGGAGCGCAUCCUGCCCGCAGCCCAGCGCUUCCAGGAGGCCGUGGACGCCUUCCAGGAGUGGCUGGGAGCCACGGAGCGGCAGCUGGCCCAGCUGUGGCGCGCCGACGGCUGCGUGGGCCACCUGCAGGACGCCCACCAGCAGACCCAGGCCCUGUGCAAGGAGAUCCGCGGGCGGCUGGCAGAGCUGGACGGCGCCCUGGAGAGCGGCCAGCGGGUCCUGGAGAUGGUGACAGGCGAGUGA